GUUUUUCAAUUGAUGAUCGCAUACGGUAACGAUGGUAUUUGUAUUUGAUUUGAUUUGUAAUUUUUAUACUGUGCAUCUAUUGACCUCGUCGGAUUGAUGGGCUUUUACACUCCAAAUGGUUGGCGCUUAUUACUCAUGGAUCAUACGCAUAAGUUAUUUAUAUAGUAAUUAUAAUAAAGUUUUAUCUGUUGUGCCUGUACGACUGCGCUGGAGAUUGCUGUUGGUUAUCGCUAUUAGAUCUAUUGCUCAGAUUGUCGCAGCCUCUGGUAAAGUUACAAAAUUUUCAAUUCUGUCGUACCCACGAUGUGUUGAUAGUGCUGUGAUGUUGGUUUUUUUUAGCCGGUGUUUGCCCUCCCUUACUGUUCGCCAUUCCUCCGAAAUGGUACUCCUGUCAAACCUCGAUUCCACAAGAUCUUACCAAGGGACAAUUGUCGUAAUAUGCUCAAUGCUUUGCAUUACGCAUCUUACAAUUAUCAAUGAAAAAUGUAUAAUCUGUAUUUUAAAUAACUCGUAAACAAACAAAUAAUUUAUCUGGCAUAACAAUACGAUGUUCAAUACAAUUUCUUAUUAUUUAUAUAUAUGUCAAUUUAUCAAUUGUUAAAUAUGUUAUCUCAACAUAAUAAUCAUGUAAUGUAUAAUUAAAUACAAUAAACUAAAAAAGAUCACUAAAAGUGCUGACAACAAUAUCCCUGGAUUGGGGUACUAUCAUUUUACUAUAAAAAGCACUGAAACUCUUUCAGACUAGAGGGAGUGACGGACAGAGAGAGAGUUGGCUUUCUCCGAAUUGAAAUAAGAAUAAAAAGAAACAAUUAUCAGUCAUAGCCCUGUGUUGUUGUCGGCUGACUUUUACGCGUUUUAUUUAUAAAUGAAAAUAACUUGUUUUAAUUAUUUAUCUUUUGAAGAAGUGCGAAUUAAAUACUUUUAAACAUAUAAAAACAUAUCGAGAUAUUUAUCAAAUCAUUUUACAGCAAUUUGCAAGAAUAAAAGAAGUAAGUAAUUUUAUGUUAUCCCAAUUAUUUGGAGUUAAUAAAUUUGAGUAAAGGAUGACAAAGCAAUAGAUCAUUUAUUAAAUUAAUAUC